GGGCGAGCGAGCGCGGCGCGGGUGCGGAGUCGGAGCGCGGGGCCAAACCAGCCUGCCACCGCCGUGGCUGCCCCUAAGGGCCCACCCAGCCCAGCCUGACCAAUGUCCACAGCCAGGGAGCAGCCCAUCUUCAGCACACGAGCACACGUGUUUCAGAUCGACCCGGCCACCAAGAGGAACUGGAUCCCCGCGGGCAAGCACGCGCUCACGGUCUCCUAUUUUUACGAUGCUACCCGGAAUGUCUACCGUAUCAUCAGUAUUGGGGGUGCCAAGGCCAUCAUCAACAGCACUGUCACCCCCAACAUGACCUUCACCAAAACCUCCCAGAAGUUCGGGCAGUGGGCGGACAGUCGCGCCAACACCGUCUAUGGCUUGGGCUUUGCCUCUGAGCAGCACCUGACCCAGUUUGCAGAGAAGUUCCAGGAGGUGAAAGAAGCGGCCAGGCUGGCCCGGGAGAAGCCUCAGGAUGGGGGCGAGCUCACCAGUCCAGCCCUGGGGCUUAUCUCCCACCAGGUGCCCCCGAGUCCCCUCGUCAGCGCCAAUGGUCCUGGAGAGGAGAAACUCUUCCGCAGCCAGAGCGCGGACGCCCCCGGCCCCACCGAGCGUGAACGGCUGAAGAAGAUGCUGUCCGAGGGCUCGGUGGGCGAGGUGCAGUGGGAGGUCGAGUUCUUUGCGCUGCAGGACAGCAACGAUAAGCUAGCGGGUGCCCUGCGAGAGGCCAACGCGGCCGCCGCCCAGUGGAGGCAGCAGCUGGAGGCCCAGCGAGCAGAGGCUGAGCGGCUGCGGCAGCGGGUGGCCGAGCUGGAGGCCCAGGCAGCUGCAGAGGCCCCCCAAGCCAGCGAGAAGGAGGUGCCCAGUCAGGCGCUGGAGCAGCUGGAGGCACGUGUGCAAACCAAAGACCAGGAGAUCCAGACACUGAACCAGACCAUGGGACCCCGAGAAGCCUCGGACGCUGCGGAGCGCGAGGAGACACAGCAGAAGGUGCAGGACCUCGAGACACGCAACGCGGAGCUGGAGCACCAACUGCGGGCGACGGAGCGCAGCCUGGAGGAGGCGCGGGCAGAGCGCGAGCGGGCGCGGGCCGUGGGGCGCGCGGCGCAGCUGCUGGACGUCCGGCUGUUCGAGCUGAGCGAGCUUCGGGAAGGCCUGGCCCGCCUGGCCGAGGCUGCGCCCUGAGUCUGCUGUCCCGGGCCGUUCUGCGAGCGCAGGGGACAGUGGAGCGUUGGCCCUGGCGGGGACCAGGGGGACCGGGCAGUCUGGGGCUGGCCGCAGCCAUUGGGCUGUUCUCGAGCAUUUCCCAGUGUAGUUCCAGAAUCCCGGGCGCGGUGCCCGCAUUACACUUCUAAGCGUGGCUGCCUGUGUGGUGUGCGGCCCCCGGUACCCCGCCGUCCUUACCGCGCCUCCUGCCUCGCCCGGCUGUGUGGCCAUGUGGCCCGGAGCCUGGCUUCCUCCACAUUGCUUGGUGGCCCCUGGCUCACUCCUUCAUCGUGACCACGGCUCAGCGUGGGCAUCAGGGACGCACCAAGGAUGCAACCCUGAAGCCUCCAGUUGGUUCCAACGACAGCCAGCUGACUGAACCUGGGGAGACUGAGGCCGAGGUCGUGCCCUGGCGGCAGAGCUCCGGGUGGGUGGGCCAGCCGCAUUGGGAAAGGUGAGAAACGCUGGUGGUCACCAAGCACCUGUCCUGCCGCACUCUCCAGAGCCAGAAUGAGAGGCUAAAAGACCAUUUAUUGAGCACCUCCUGCAUGUAAUGCUGUCCUUCUGGGGCACCACAGGACCCCUGGAAGGUGGCCCUGGCCGGGACGAUGGACGUGGAGCUGCAUUCAGCCUCACAGCAGGACUGGCCCCCACUCUUGCAGCCUGAGUCCAACCAGGCUCCGGGAAGGCGCCAGCAGUGCUGUGGAGCAGGGCUCCUUGGAGGAUGG